GCUACUCUCUCUUGGCCACAAAGUCAGCUCAUAUGGGCUGUUGUGUUGUGGAGCUCAGCUUUGGGGAUUUAUUGGGAUAUUUGGGUUCGUAUGUACCCAUGAGAUAGUUUGGAGGAUUAAGUAAAGUCCUGUUUGUAAGCAUUUCUAGGUAGGCUCUUUUGUUGACAGGCGGCGGUGACAUAUUCAAAGGAUUAGUAGCUUGGUGGAUGUGAGGCUUUUAGCCUCUUAAAAUAGAGAGAGAGAGAAAGAGAGAGAGAGAGACUCAAGAAAACAACAUUGCGGUGAAACAGUUUCUCAGAGUGCCACUGGACAUGGCCCAUACACAUACACAGAUUUGAAAGUGUGGCCACUGAAAACAGCCGGAGCUCAGAUGGCCGUUACAAGGACUGAAGAUAUGCCACGGCAGUUCCCUAAAAUUGCUUUGAGUGAUGUGGAUGAGGAAGUUCGUCUGUUGGCAGAGAAGUUGUAUGCUUCAGCGCUAAAGGAAGAGGACACUAAAAAUGCUCUGUCCAUGUACACUGUCCCCGAGGACUGUCCUAUCGGCCUGCAGGAGGCCAAACAGAGGGAGCUCCUUAGAGAAUUGGCUGAACAACAGUCAGAGGAAAGUGCAAAGAGGAAGAAGAGUUUAAAGAUUAUUCGAUCGCAGUCUAUGGCACUGCAAAUCCCAUUACAUACGGAAAGUGUCCGGGGAGUGGUGACCCCCCUCAUGUCUCAUGCCUCAACUUGCUCCUCCAUCUCAGAAAACUUCCCUGAGUACCAAAGAGUCACCAUCAGCGGAGACUACUGUGCUGGGAUCACAGUUGAGGACUAUGAACAAGCAGCUAAAAGUCUCCUAAAAGCUCUCUUUAUUCGAGAAAAAUACUCAAAACUGGCAUAUCACCACUUCCCUCGAGCCACUGCACAGUUCCUACGUAGUGCUGCAAAUGAAAGGUGGAUAGAAGAAGAUGAAAUUCUUCCAGAUAUCUGCCCCUGCCCAGGUGAAGGCGAGGACCCUUACAGCAUGGAGAAUAUUCCAGAGAACCUCAACUAUCAGAUGAAGAUGAAUGAUGGCAUUAUUUAUGUAUAUGAAAACACUGACGCUCUGAGCAUGGACAAACCACACUGUCUGCCAUACCCAGACCUGGAAACAUUUGCAUUUGACAUGAGUCAUGUGCUUGCCAUGAUCAUUGAUGGACCGACUAAGACCUACUGCCAUAGACGACUGAACUUCCUUGGGUCAAAGUUUUAUUUGCAUGAAAUGCUCAAUGAAAUGGUAGAGCUAAAGGAACUCAAGGGUGUCCCUCAUAGAGACUUCUACAAUGUCAGAAAGGUAGACACACAUAUCCAUGCAGCAGCAUGCAUGAGCCAGAAACAUCUGCUUAAUUUCAUCCAAACCACCUAUAAAACGGAUGCAGAGAGAGUUGUACUGGAGAAGGCAGGGCUGAAACUAACUCUCAAACAAGUGUUCAACAACUUGCACAUGGACCCAUAUGACCUAACUGUAGACUCCUUAGAUGUUCAUGCCGGCAGACAAACUUUUCAUCGCUUCGACAAAUUUAACACCAAAUACAAUCCAGUAGGAGCUAGCGAGUUACGGGAAAUCUACUUGAAGACUGACAACUACAUAAAGGGGGAGUAUUUUGCUUGCUUGAUCAAGGAAGUAGCACAUGAUCUGGAGGAGAGUAAAUAUCAGCAUACUGAACCCCGACUCUCCAUAUAUGGCCGUUCACCUGAGGAGUGGGAAAGCCUCUCCCAUUGGUUUAUUCAGCACAGGGUGUACUCUCCAAACAUGCACUGGAUCAUUCAGGUGCCUAGAAUCUAUGACAUUUUCAAGUCACGUAAGUUGAUUCCUAAUUUUGCCAAGAUGCUCGAGAACAUUUUCCUUCCUCUGUUUGAGGCCACGGUGAAUCCUCAGAAGCACAAAGAGCUCCAUGUAUUUCUAAAAUAUGUGACUGGCUUUGACAGUGUGGAUGAUGAAUCCAAGCACAGCGAUCACAUGUUCUCCUAUAAGAGCCCCAAGCCUGAGCAGUGGACAACAGAUGACAACCCACCCUACAGCUACUACCUCUUCCAUAUGUAUGCCAACAUAAUGGUGCUCAACAAUCUCAGGAAAGAACGUGGCCUUAGCACCUUUCAGUUUCGUCCACACUGUGGAGAAGCUGGUUCAAUCACCCACCUGGUUUCAGCUUUCCUCACAGCAGACAACAUCUCCCAUGGACUAAACCUGAAGAAGAGUCCAGUACUGCAGUAUCUGUAUUAUCUUGCCCAAGUGCCCAUUGCCAUGUCACCGCUGAGUAACAACAGUCUGUUCUUGGAAUACUCCAAAAACCCAUUGCGAGAGUUCCUACACAAGGGUCUCUGUGUGUCCCUGUCCACUGAUGAUCCCAUGCAGUUCCACUAUACCAAGGAAGCUUUAAUGGAGGAGUAUGCUAUUGCCGCCCAACUGUGGAAAUUAAGCACCUGUGACGUGUGUGAGAUUGCCAGAAACAGUGUCCUGCAGAGUGGCCUUUCCCAUGAGGAGAAAAAGCACUUUCUUGGGGCUAAUUACCUGAAAGAUGGACCGGAGGGGAAUGACAUUCGGCGGACCAACGUAGCCCAGAUCCGCAUGGCCUAUAGACACGAGACGCUGUGCAAUGAACUCAGCUUCCUUGUAGAUGCAGUAACGUCAGAGGUCAAUGGAUCACAAUAGCUGUCCAGUACAUCUCUGCCAAACCCCCUGUGCCCACAGAUGCAUGGUUGCUAUUUUUAUAUAGGAUUGGAUGCACAGUGGAUCUAAAUUAGUCUUGCUCUGCUUCUCACAUGUAUAAUACACAGCCUCUCUGCAAACACCAUUGUCUCCCUAUGCAAAUGUUCUCAGACUUGUAGUGGGCAUUUAAAGACGGGUUUGGCACACAUUGCUGAACAUACAAAGAGCAGUGUCUCCCCCCUGUGGAGAUAUUGCUGUGUAGCAGAAAAAGUUGUCAUGCAGACAGGUUGUUUAUGUGGUGACGAAAGAUGUCUGGAACAUUUUGCUCUCUCUAUUGCUCUGCAGAAUCUGACAUCAAUAUCUACAGAAUAAUAUUUACCUCAAGGGAAACCAGUCCUCCAGUCCUCCUUGUAAUCUCAACAUUUGCUGUCCUUUCUACCCUGUCCUAACAAUAAUAAAUAACCAAAUAAAUAUACUUUUGAACACAUGUUUGUUAUGUUAAUAAAUGUAACUCAUUACAUGUCUCUAUGCAGGACAAUACUACAUUGCUAUGUGUGCACAUUUAUUCACUUUUAUUUGAUGCGGUGCAGAUAGUGUUUGUUUACUGAGGCAGGCAUGUUUAUUUCCUCUAUUGACAAUUGAGUAAGAUAAAACAGACAAUGUCUUGAUAUUAAAAUAGAUAUUUUUUGGUUUUUAUGUUUCAUAUUCAACUAAUUAUUUUAUA